AUGUCAGCAUUUAUUCCUAAUCCUCCUAACUCUGCUUGGUAACAGCCUGUCGAUCUUUACAACGAAGAUUUAUUAGAGCAAGAAGAACUCGCAUAUGAGGAAGAACUUAAAGCAAUAUAUGUUCAUGAAGUUAAUUAUAAUUUUGGUAUGGAGUGUCGUGAUGACAACUACUAAGACGAUGAAGAAAUGGAAGAUCCUGAGGACUACGAUGACACUUAAAGAUAGGGAGAAAGAUAUGAUGAAGGAAUGGAUGUUUAAUAAUGA